GGUAUUGAAAAUGCCAAGCAUGUGGUUAUCCGAGCACCAGAGUCAGUUGCGCUUCCUUUCGCGGCCGUGGCAUUCAACUGCGUGUACUGUACUAACGCAUGCCAACAGAGAUCGGUGUGGUCUUCUGCUCAGCCGGCUUGCCAUGGGCAAUGUACGCUGCGUUCAACCCUCCACCCGUCGGAUUCCAUACUAACCGCAGUCCAGAUCCUCUUCCUCAUCGGCCUGACCCUCAUCAUCGGUUUCCAGAAGACCAUGGUCUUCUUCUCGCGUCCCCAGAAACUCAAGGGUACCGCCGCGUUUACCGCGGGUAUUAUCUUGAUCCUGCUCCGCUGGCCUCUGACAGGCUUCCUGAUCGAGCUGUACGGCCUGUUCAUCCUCUUCGGCGAUUUCCUCGUCACCAUCGGUCAAUUCGCGGGCAACAUCCCGGUCGUGGGACCUUAUAUUCAGCGCGGACUCGAGAUUCUGGCGGGUGGGAGGAGCAACGCCGAGCUGCCGGUAUGA